UGGGGGGAGCAGUCAUUUCAGACAGACCCUGAUUUGCCUCCAGGAUGGAAGAUUAUGACAGACAUGGCUGGCAUUUAUUACUGGCACAUUCCUACGGGCACCACGCAGUGGGAGAGACCCACCCCAUGCCAUCCGGUGCCAACUGGACCCAGCCAUGCCAGCCGCAAGCACUCCCUGGGCUCCCUGUCACCCUCGCCCACUCCAGACCACGAGUCGAUGUCUCACGCCCACGUGUUUUUCGAAGCAUCGAGUCGUUCAGGCAGCACCACUUCUGACAGCUCGUCUGACCCCGCCCCCAUCCCGUCUUCUUCAUGUCUGGAACCAACCCCUAUCCUGUCCUCAAACUCUUCCUCAUCCUAUGACGGCAAUGUUCCUUCCUGUGGAUUCGUCAACAGCUGCUACUUUCCUCGGUCCUCAUCCCUACAGAUAAUGCCAGGGAAGGAUAGACACUCUGAGGCAUGCCAUCGAGAAGAGGACAAGAAACAGCCAUGGAGUGAUUUUGCAGUGGGAAAGAUUGAUAGUGAGAUCUGGAAGGAUCUACAGGCGGCCACAGUAAACCCUGACCCUAGUCUGAAAGAGUUUGAAGGCGCAACUCUCCGCUACGCCUCCCUCAAGCUACGAAACCCUGCUCCUGUGGAAGAGGAAGAUUCCAGCAGCAUUAACAGUGACCCUGAAGCCAAGUGUUUUGCUGUGCGCUCUCUCGGCUGGGUAGAGAUGGCUGAGGAUGAUUUGGCUCCGGGUAAAAGCAGCGUCGCUGUUAACAACUGCAUCCGUCAACUGUCCUACUGCAAGAAUGAUAUACGAGACACUGUGGGCAUCUGGGGAGAGGGGAAGGAUAUGUACCUCAUUCUGGAGAAUAACAUGCUGAAUCUGGUUGACCCGAUGGAUCGAAGCGUUCUACACGCUCAGCCCAUCGCAAGCAUCCGUGUGUGGGGCGUCGGGCGCGAUAAUGGAAGAGAGAGGGAUUUUGCAUAUGUAGCACGAGAUAAGGACACCCGGAUAUUAAAAUGUCAUGUGUUCCGCUGUGACACCCCUGCCAAAGCCAUCGCCACCAGUCUGCACGAAAUCUGCUCCAGGAUCAUGGCAGAGCGCAAGAAUGCCAAAGCUAUGGCUGGAGGAUCUCUACAGGACAGAACACAUUCUGGGCUCGACGUCCCACUACAAGAGUUCCCCACACCAAAGACUGAACUGGUGCAGAAGUUCCAGGUGUUAUACGUUGGCAUGAUGCCAGUUGCCAGACCUAUAGGCAUGGACAUUCUCAACGGUGCAAUAGACAGUUUGAUGACAUCAUCAAUCCGAGAAGACUGGAUUCCUGUGAAACUGAAUGUAGCUGACGCAACAGUCACAGUCAUCAAAGAAAAGGAGGAAGAGGAGGUCCUAGUGGAGUGUCGUGUGCGUUUCCUGUCAUUCAUGGGAGUUGGAAAAGAUGUGCAUUCAUUCGCGUUCGUCAUGGAUUCUGGGAGCCAGCACUUUGAGUGUCAUGUGUUUUGGUGUGAUCCCAAUGCUGGCAGUGUGUCAGAGGCUGUUCAGGCAGCGUGCAUGUUGAGGUAUCAGAAGUGUCUGGUGGCACGCCCUCCAUCUCAGAAAGCCUGCUCACAGGCACCCCCUGCUGAUUCAGUCACACGCCGUGUCUCCACCAGCGUCAAACGUGGAGUUCUGUCCCUCAUCGACACGCUCAAACAGAAGAGACCAGUCACUGAGCUCAACCAGUGAUCUGACACAUGAGCACGCACACUCACCGUCACGCUCUGCAUGCUUAAAACUAUCAGAAUGUCCUGUACAUACCUGUCCAGUCACGUGAUGGAGAUGAAGAAGAACUCGAGGGCGAAAACGGUCUGAAAAUCAGUAAUUAUGAAAUGAGCUGAUGCCAAGAAAAGUCCACCUAGUCCACUAUCUACAAGCCUCGCUCUUCCAUCUGAUGCGAUUAUCUGCAUAGGAAGCCACGCCACUCCAGCAUGACUGAAACCAACAUGCUCCGCCCAUCUAUAAGAUCAACCCUAUCUGGACAAAGCCUCCUCAAAGAGAUUUGUGUAAUUCAACAAGAACAAACAAGGCUGCUUCACUCAACAGAGCUUCUUCAUAGACCAUAUGUGUGUGUGCGGGUGUGUAGAGGAGCUUGAUGCUGCUUCAUUUGCUAAAGGAUGUUCAUAAGUGUCAUAAAAGCUAUUUUUUGUUGCAUUCUUUAUUAUCCUGAGAGAAGAAUGGGUGGAUGAGAGGAACUGUGCUCUGUGUUCCAUUCAAAGUUGGAUGACGGAUAUUCUUACUUGAUAUCUUCUGACCAAGUUGCUCCAGUGUUCAGUGCUCAAAAGAUGAGGUGUGAAGGUUGCGGUAACAUUAGCGAUAUUUUGGUGACAUUUCGGUCCGUUGCUAAUUGUCAGUAGUGCUGCGACGUAUGAAGCACAACUUGCUUAAAUGCUACAAUUGGUCAACACAGUAAAUUCAUAUUAACAACUUGCGAAAUCCAAUCAUUUGGAUACCUAUUGGAAUAAAGAUUAAUGUGACCGCACCUUAAGGCAACAAAACAACACUAUAUUAGCAGUGCGUUAGUUCAGCGUCAACAAUGAAGUCUUCUAGCAACCAAAUUACGGAGAAUAAAUGCGCAAGUUGGAAGUUCGAAUUCAAGUGAAGUUCUUUGCGCUUUUCCAAGUAGGAAAUUCCAGCUUUUUGAGUUGAGCGAAACAACAUUAACGUCGACGCUUUCACCAAAUGGUUUUGUUUUCUUCAAGAAGCUCUGCUGACACGUUCAUCUUCACCUGAAGUUGAUGAGGAGGCUUGGAAAAGAUGCCGAUAUGAAACAGACUUGCUCUGCAUUAACACCGCUGGAAGGACACGACCUGUUCAGUGUGUAGAUGUAAAGUAUGAAUGUGCUUUUUAUAUUUCCAAAGUGAAAUUGCCUUUUAGUUUUUUCUUUGAAAGAGAGAAUGUUGUGGAAGAGAACUGAAUUACUCAUGGAGCAAAAUACAGGAGGUGGGGAAGAACUUUGUCUAGAGUCAAACCCUUCAAUCGUGUCAAUUCUGCUUUGAACCCCAAUGUAGUGCUUGCUUCCUCCAGAGGCUCUCCAGUGACUGAAAGUCAAAAAUACCUGACUAAUAGAAACUAUCUGCAGCACAUCCAAGUUAGUGAAAAACUCCAAUGUCUAUGAAGAGCUAUUUCAGUUCCAGCAUCCAUUCCUCACGUUUGGAUGCCAUUAGUGGCUCUACGUGUCCUGGUUGUGUUUCACAAAUUUGUAUUUAAAUUUUUUUGACCCGCACGCACCUACGUGAUCUUGCUGUGCUCUGGCGUGCCACCUGUAGUCCUAGACUUACCCUUUCUUUCCCAAGGGUUUUGACGAGUCACUUAUGUGUGUACAUAUAGUAUCUAUAUAUAGCAAACAUCAUAUCAUAAGGCUUUAUUUUUCAAAUUUCAGAUACUUUUAUUUUGUCGCUUUUUUAUUUUGGUUUUGUUUAUUUUGGUCAUAGUUGCCUGGGCAUGUCUUGUGAUCCCGUUUAUUCUGGCCAUGCUGUAAAAAAAAUCAUGUAUGUGUUGUAGAUAAACCAACUGAUAAAACAAAGAAAAGAAGAAGAGUGAAAGAUGGUAGAGAUUGUGAAUACAAAUUAAUUUUAUGGUCCUUUUUAGGAGAGCUAGCUCUAGGGGAGGAGAUGUGAACUGUAAGUGUCUAUCUAUGCAUUCUUUUAGCUCUUGAGGAAGAUUUGAGAGGAAAAAAAAGACACAUUGCCUUGCAUGUCCUGCGACAAUUUAAGAAAAACUGUACUGAACAGAAAUGAUAUUUUUUAUUUUAUUUAUUCCAUUUUAUAUCGGUAUAUACUGGUUUCAUUGUGAUGUAUCAUAUGCUUAGACAUUCUUUACCCUGUAUUGAACAACAAAUCAAACGUGAAAUGUAAAUUCAAAUCACUGUACAGUUGCUCUGGUGACCCUCGAAGAGCUGUGUAUCUCAGACGCUGACUGCCAUCGUAACAUAACAUUUAAAAGGCCUUUGUAGGACCUUUACAUUCUGCCCAAACCAACAUUAGACGUAGGUAUAGGCUAGUAUACGCUAUAUGGCCAAAAGUAUGUAUGACUAUUUGACUAUUUCAUUUGCAACAGGUGCAUAAAAUCAAACAAUCAAUCUCCUUUUGGACCCUUCACUCAAAAAUGUGGUCUUUGAGAAAUCUCAAAACCCUUAAUGCUUUUUUAAAAACGUGGCGCCCAAUGCAGGGUCUCCCCAGCGGGAACCUUGAUAUCAAUUUGACGUCAAAUAUUAGUCAAGACUUGAUCAAGAUGCUGUAACAUUAUUUUAAAUUCAGUUUGGACUGCAGUUUCUUGGGUGAAAAUAGGAAGUUAAUCCCACACUGAAAUUGGUUUAAUGUAUAUGUAGGUCAAUAUGUUUGACAUUCAAUUUACAUCAAAUCAAUGUCAUGUCAAGUUUUUGAUGUCAGUUUGAUUUGCAUAUUUGACCUGUUUUUUUUAACGCCAGUUUUGAUGUCUUUUCAACAUCAAUUGCCACAGGGUCAAGACAAGUUUUAACAAUGCGUUUUAAAAACGUGGCGCCCAGCGUAGGGUCUUUUAACACUGUUAAAAAUGUUAACGUGAUGUAUUUUAACCCAACAUAGGAUCUCAAGUUGUAUUUAUAUAGCACUUUAUGCAAUACAGAUUGUUUCAAAGCAGCUUUAUGGGUUUAGACAAGGAAAUAGUGAUGCAAACAAAAUGAAAGCAGCUCUGAAAAGAUAAUAGUGAUUAUUUAGUUGAAAACAGUUCAUUAUUGAUUCAGUUUGGUUCAAUAACUGUGUAAAGUCCAUUAAUUAUAGCUUGAUGCAUUUUAAAAACACGGUGCCCAUGCUAAAAGACAUGGCUAAUAAUGCAUAUUUACAAUAACAAAACAAUUAAAAGCCUUGCAGUGAAACAUUUUUAGCAUAAUACAGUAGGAUGCUUUGGAAGCUGUUAUAAUGUCCUAUUAAUGAUUUGUAUGAUUUAUAUUAUAUUAGACAUCCAUUUGGUCAAUUAGUGUAUGUUCCAAAAUGUCAAUUUAAACAAAUUUCCUCAACAGACACAUUCAUCAAGACUGUUACAAUCAGAUUUUACCACAUUUAAAAUUUCAUCAAGACCGUUACAAUCAGAUUUUACCAAAUUUAAAAUUUCAUCAAGACCGUUACAAUCAGAUUUUACCAAAUUUAAAAUUUCAUCAAGACCGUUACAAUCAGAUUUUACCAAAUUUAAA